GGGGGGUGGAGGAGGAGGGAGGAGGGAGGAAAAGGGACGGGUCGGAGAAAGGAAAAAACGUGUCUCUGCAAGGACAGCAGGCGACACGGCUUCACGACUGGGAGAGGGGGGGAAGAGGAGAGGGUCGUGAAUGGGGGGAAAAAGACCACUGGGGGGAAAAGAGGGAGGAGGAGGGGGAGGAGAAGGAGGGAAGGACGAGGGAAGGGGAAGAAGGAAAAAGAAAGUCCCAAGGCCAGGAUGGGAAGAAGCAGGACGAGUUCGCUGGUGGAGCGUCGAGAUUAAAAGAAAAGUUUCGGCCUCGAGGCCAUGGCCCAAAUCCCCGGCGCCUCUGGUUCACCACCGACUGGUGCUGCUGGGAUUCCUUCUCAUCACGCUCAAUUCCUUGUUCACCCUCCCCAACUCCAUCCGCCUUGGUUUCCAGGCUCCCUGCUCCUGGUCUGUCUGAAUGGCUCCUGAGGGUCGUGCUGGUCGAUACAUCCCAGACCGUCGCCGGGUUCCGCCUGGAUACGCCGUAUUGUAUGACAGGUCGGUACCGUCUGAACCGAUCGAUUCACCAUCAGCAGCAUCC